ACGUUCAAUCUCAAACCGGUUUGCGCCGUCUUGCUGCGGUUUCCGGGUUGAACAACCCAGGCUUCUUUCCACCAGAUGAGCUCCGGUUCCUGAACCGGUUCCGUUUAAGAGUCUUUGAACCUCGGUGCUAUGAACCGAACCGACCCGGUUUCCACCAGUCCUGAGCGGAACCAUUGUUAUCAGGGAUGCGUCAUCAACAGAGGGCGACCUGUAGAACAUGCCACGCCCACUUCGGUGCAGGGACCAGGGCUAGUCAGGCCCCAGCUGGGAACCGGCUUUUCGGUCUGAACCGAUUCACGUUUGGUCAAAAGCUCUGAACGGUUCAAAAUGAAAAAUCCAAAACGGAGCCGUUUCCAUGCAGGUGGAAACGGGGUGGCAGCUCGCCAGGUAUGGGGACUGUUCCCAGCAGGUGUGAUGAUGGCUCUGGGGGGGUGGAAUCACAGCACAGUGGGGAUGGCCUAGACGAUGACAACCGGCCUAUAAUUGAGAAGGAUGAGAGGCGGAGCUCCAACCGGAGACACAGCUCAGGAGAGACAGUGCACUGUCCCACCUGCCAGGGUACUGGACGUAUACCCAGAGGUCAGGCGAGCAAGCUGGUGGCUGUCAUCCCCUGUAAUGACCAGAGGCUGAGACCCAGACACACGAAGCUGUACGUUGCUGUGUCUGUUGGUGUGUGCCUCCUGGUCAGCUCCCUGGUGUUGUUCUUCCUGUUUCCUCGCUCUGUCCUUCUUUCUCCGGUAGCCGUCAAGUCAUCCUUUGUUUACUUCACUGAAGACGAUGUCCAAAUUAACAUCACGAAUGUCCUGAACAUCACCAACCACAACUUUGCGGCGGUGCAGGCCUACAACCUGACAGUGCAGGCCCUGAACUUCGACAUGGUGGUGGGAACAGUUUCCAUUAAGAAUGUCGCCUCUGUCAAACCUCUCUCCAUCAAAAUGUACUCCUUUGUGAUCCCCAUAAAGCUGACUGACCCUGACAUGAGGAACUACUGUCGGAAAGCUUCGCUGCCUGUCCACAUUCUGUACCUGCACCUACAGAUGUCUAUGAAAGUGUACUACCUGGCCCACUAUGAGCAGCUCUCGCUGGAGACAUACGAGUACAUCGACUGUGGAGCAAACAGCACCAUCCCACACAGUGUGCAACCCCCACCCCCCUGAUGGAUGGAUGUUGGAUGGAUGGACACAGAGACGAACAAUUACUGUGGACGUGCUGUUGGGGAGGGCUUUUCCCCAUGAACUGUGGAUAAGAUAUAAUGUGAUUCCAUUAACUCUCGUCCUGGAUGGAUGGACGAAGGCCUGGAUGAAGAAUGGACUCUUUCUACCCCACCCUAUAUAUGAGAGCAUGGAGGAAUGAUGAUGAUGAUGAUGAUGAUGAUGAUGAUGAUGAUGAUCAUGAUGAUUGAUGAUGAUAAUUAAUAAUAAUUAAUAAUAAUAAACUUUUUUUAUACAGCACUUUUCAAAACAAAGUUACAAAGUGCUUUAUAUGGUUGAACCCGGAGGCAAUGAGGCAAAUAAAAUCAGACAAUUAAAAUAAUACUCAAAUAAAAUGGAAUAAAAUACCAAUACCAACAAUAAUAUAGAAUAAAAACCGAUAACAAUAGAACAGAUAGGACUUGUUGGAAAUAAAACCGUGUGCUCGCACUAAUCCAAAUCUUUUUAAAGAUCAGUUUUGAGAAGUGUCGGGUUCAGAUGCUCCACUCUACCCCGCUGUUUGGAGUUCCUCAAGUUAAAGCAGUGAGGAUAUCAUGUCAUGUGGUACAGUAGAUGUGUUGUAAUGUAAAUAUUGUCAAGUGAAAAUUGCAGCUGUGUUAAAAAUACGUACAAAUGAAA